AUGGUGAUUGUUUAUGACAUUGUGAUUCACAUUCUAUCCAAACUUCCAUCAGAAUCUCUUCUUCGAUUCAAGUCUGUUUGCAGAUCUUGGUAUGCUCUUAUCAAUCACCAUAAAUUUGUAACUAAACAUCUCUUAAAUUCUUUUUCCCACAAGCAUGUUCUUCUCAAGCGUGUCAUCAUCAACAACUCUGGCAAAAAAGAACACGUGUUAUCCAUCCUCGAAUUUUCUCUUGAUCGAUCUGUGUCGUCUGUUCUUGACGUCCCUUUACCAUUUAAUGAGAAUCCUCCAAACGUCCCUUUACCAUUUCGUGAGAAUCUUCCAGAUUUACAAAUUAAUGGCCAUUCUCACGGCUUAAUUUGUAUAGGUUGUGAUAAUAAUCGUGAUAUUUUUCUUUGUAAUCCCAUGACGAGGCAGGUUCGUAAACUUCCGUCAACUUCAAUUUUUGUGGUCCAUGAACCUCAUGAUGUUUAUUUAAAGCCGAGGAUUGUUGGAUUUGGGUACGAUGUGAAAUGUGGAGAUUUCAAAGUGGUUAGAGUUGUGGGUUUUUCAAGAGGAGUUGUAUAUUAUCCUUCAAGAGUGGAAAUUUAUGAUUUGAGAAAAGAUAGAUGGAGAGAAAUUAAAACAUUUGUUGAUGCGUGCUCAAUAUGCAUGUCUUCGUUUGACAUUUAUCACGAAGGAACAUUUUACUGGAUGGGGAUAAAUGGGUUGAGUGAAGAAGAAGUUAUACUAACGUUCAACAUGAGCAGAGAGGUUUUUGAAAAAAUUUCAAUCCCAGAGAGUUUUCACCUUUCCAAUUAUACGGAGGAUUAUAGAAGUUUAGUGGUUUUGAAUGGAUUUUUGCGUAUAUUUUCUUAUCCAGCAUUUCAAAGAAAUGAAAAAGCUUUUGAGAUUUGGGAGACAGAGAUGGAUGGAUCUAAUGUUGUUUCGUGGUCAAAGCUAUGGACGAUUGGCCCUCUUUUUGGAAUUGAAUAUCCGUUGUUGUUUUUAAGCUCAAAUGAACUUUUAAUAGAGGCAAAAGAAGGACAAAUUAUUUUGUACGAUUGUAAAACUCAACAAGUCAAAGAACUGCAAGUAAGAAGUGAAGCUAUAUGUGAAGGCGAUACUUCGAACAGAUUUGAAGGUACUAAUUUGUUCGUUAAAAGUUUAAUAUCUGUGGAAGGAGGAUAUAAUCUAAGUUAUGAGUUAUAGUAUUUUUCCAAACUUAGUUUA